AUGAAAGGCACCGCAAGUUCUACUGCUACUACACUUAUGGUUGUCGUUGCACUUUCAUGGCUGAUGCUGACCGACAACAUAGUCAUGGCAACAAGAGAUUUCCCGGCCACGGCGACCGCAGCAGUCUCCGCCACUCGAAAUGAAAAGAACAAUCUUGUGAUGAUGAGGGAGAGAGUUGAGACUAGCGGAGGACUAGUGGAGUGCUGGACGGCUCUGUUGGAGCUGAAGUCGUGCUUGAGCGAGAUUGUGCUUUUCUUUCUCAAUGAGCAGACCGAUAUCGGGCACGACUGCUGCCGAUCCGUCGUCUUUAUCGCCCGGAACUGCUGGCCCGCCAUGCUCACCUCCCUGGGGUUUACUGUCCAGGAAGGUGACAUUCUCCAAGGCUACUGCGACGCAAUUGCGGCUGCACCACCACCACCACCACCGCCCGUUGCUCCUUCACCCGCUCCUUCUGCAGUUAUUCCGCCUGUUGCUCUUUCCAAAUCCACCUUAUUGGAUUAGAAUUAGAUUAAGAUAAUCCAUAUUAUAUGUACAUCUUCGUGUUCGUGUUUGUGUUUUUCUUCACUAUUUUAAUUCAUAAGCUAGCUAUUUAAGUCUACGAUACGCACG